CGGGAAAGUCUCACAGCUUUCUCUUCCAGAGGGUCUUGUUCCUGUAGAAGACGCCCUGCCGGACUCACCAUGCCCGCCUACGGUCCCUCGCUCGAGGAUCAGCCCUCGGAGCGUUUCCUCUUCGGAGACCCCGAGGACAUGAAGAAGCUGCGGUCGGCUCCUUACGACGCCAAGAAGAACUGCUGGGUUCCCGAUGAGAAGGAGGUUUUCAUCGAGGCCGAGAUCAAGGCCAAGAAGGGCGACCAGGUCACGGUCACUACCCGCUCCGGAAACACCUUCACGGUGAAGGAGAGCGUGGUGCAGGAGAUGAACCCGCCCAAGUUCGCAUGCGCAGAAGACAUGGCCAACAUGACGUACCUGAACGAGGCGUCCGUCAUGAACAAUCUGCGCACGCGCUACCAGAACAUCCUCAUCUACACGUACUCCGGUUUGUUCUGCGUGGUGAUCAACCCGUUCCGCCGGCUGCCCAUCUACGGGCCGAACGUGGUGUCCAUCUACCACGGCAAGCGGCGUCAGGAGGUCCCGCCUCACCUGUUCUCCGUCGCCGACGAGGCUUACAUGAACAUGAUCGGCGACCAGAUCUGCCAGUCCAUCCUGAUCACUGGCGAGUCCGGUGCCGGAAAGACCGAGAACACCAAGAAGGUUCUGUCUUACUUCGCGACUGUCGGAGCCAGCCAGGCAGCCGCCGCCGCCGCUCCAGGCGCUGAGCAGAAGGCCACCCUGGAGGACCAGAUCGUGCAGACUAACCCUGUACUGGAGUCCUUCGGUAACGCCAAGACUGUCAGGAACAACAACUCCUCCCGUUUUGGCAAGUUUAUCCGUGUCCAAUUCAACCGGAAGGGAAUCUUGGCCGGUGGUGACAUCGAGACUUAUCUUCUCGAGAAGUCUCGCGUGAUCUCGCAGCUGCCGGGAAUGGAGCGAGGUUAUCACAUCUUCUUCCAGCUGAUGUCCAACGGCAUCCCGGGUACAGUCGACCGACUGCUGCUCCGCACCGACCCUGCCCACUACAAGUUUGUACAGGAGGGCGUGUACGAGGUAGCCAACCUGGAUGACGGGGAGGAGUUUCGCGCCACGGACGAGGCCUUCGACAUCCUGAACUUUGCCGCGGCCGACAAGGAAGACAUCUACAAACUGUGCGCCGCCAUCUUGUGGUUCGGUAACACCAAGUUCGCGCAGAGGGGCGAGCAGGGAGAGGUGGAAGGGUUCGAAGAGAUGGACAAGACCAGCCGCCUGAUCGGGGUUGAUCGUGAGGAGUUCGUGAACGCGAUCUGCAAGCCUCGCGUGAAGGUCGGCUCUGAGUUCGUCACCAAGGGCCAGACGGCCGAGCAGUGUUCCAACUCUGUCGGCGCGCUGUCCAAGUCCAUCUACGACAGGGUCUUCAAGUUCAUCGUGGCCAAGUGUAACGAGACACUGGAGACUGAGAUGGAGAGGGCCUUCUUCGUCGGUGUGCUGGAUAUCGCCGGCUUCGAGAUCUUCGAGCUGAACAGUUUCGAGCAGCUGUGCAUCAACUACACCAACGAGAAGCUGCAGCAGUUCUUCAACCACCACAUGUUCGUGAACGAGCAGGAGGAGUACAAGCAGGAGGCGAUCGAGUGGGAGUUCGUCGACUUCGGCAUGGACUUGCAGGCUUGCCUGGAUCUCAUUGAGAAGCCUCUGGGCAUCCUGUCGAUGUUGGAAGAAGAGUGCAUCGUACCGAAGGCCACAGACCAGACGUACCUGGACAAGCUUCAGGGCCAGCAUCUCGGGAAGAACCCCAAAUUCGGCAAGCCCAAGCCCGGCAAGAAGAAGUACGAGGCUCACUUCCAGCUGGGCCACUACGCCGGGCCGGUGGGAUACAACGUCGGCCACUGGCUGGAGAAGAACAAGGACCCUGUGAACGAGACUGCUGUGAAGGUGUUCAAGGGCGCUGGGUGCGAUCUGCUGAAGCGGGUUUGGGCUGACUACAUCACCGCCGAGGAGCAGGCAGGACAGAAAGGAGGAAAGAAGAAGAAGGGAGGGUCUUUCAUGACCGUCUCCGCCGUGCACAGGGAGCAACUGAACCACCUGAUGCACACGCUGCAUCAGACCUACCCGCACUUCGUGCGUUGCCUCAUCCCCAACGAGCUGAAGACGGGCGGCAUCAUCGACGGACCACUGGUCUACAACCAGCUGACGUGUAACGGUGUGCUGGAGGGCAUCCGUAUCUGCCAGAAGGGAUUCCCGAACAGGCAGAUCUUCUCCGACUUCAUUGAGAGGUACCGUAUCCUGGCGGCUUCUGUGUUCGCUGAGGGGACCUUCAUGGAGGGUAAGGAGGCUUCGCGUCUGCUGCUGGAGGCGACCGGGCUGCCCAAGAACCGCUACGCCAUCGGGCUCACCAAGGUCUUCUUUAAGGCCGGAACCCUCGGAAUGCUGGAGGAGAUGCGAGAAGAGAAGAUCAACGCCGUGCUGGUCGCCAUCCAGUCCCGGUACCGCGCCCGCUUCCAGAGGGUCAUGUUCGAGAAGCUGUAUAACGGCAGAAUGUCGGUGGACACGAUCCAGCGGAACAUCCGGAUGUACUUUAACCUGCGGAACGACGGCUGGUACAAGAUGUACGGCUGGAUGCAACCGCAGCUCACAGGAGCCAAGGCGGAGGAGCUGCUUAAGGACAAGGAGGUCGAAGUGGAGACCCUGAAGAAGGCGCUCGGUGAUAAGCAGAAGAGACGGCAGGCGCUUCAGGCAAAGAUCAACGACCUGCUCGCUGAGAAGGAGGACAUCGUGAGCCUGUUGAGCUCGGAAGGCAGCGUGGUGCGAGAGGCUGCAGAAGAGCGCGUCCGCACCUUGAGUAAGGAGUUUGAGGAGCUGGACGUGCAGUAUAAGGAGAUGGAGGAGCAUUGGACGGACCUGAGCGACACCAACAGGGACCUGGAGAUAGGGAGGGACAGGGCGCUCAAGAGCCGAGACGAGCUCAAGUCGGCUGUUGAAGAGAUGGAGGCGCGGCUUUCCGAGCACGAGAACGCGAAGCAGGGCGAGGACUCUGUUCUCCGGGAGAAGGAAGAACAGGUGGCGCAGAACGCCGCGAAGAUCGAGCAUCUCAGCAACGAGAAGGCGCGCCUGGAGGACCUCAACGCCCAAACUCUGGAGGACCUGGCAGCGGAGGAGGAAAAGGCCUCGCAGCUUUCCAAGGUGAAGAUUCGCCUGGAACAAACCAUGGACGACUUGGAGGACAACCUUGGUCACGAGCGGCGAAUCGUGACGGAGGUGGAGCGGGUGAAGUCCCGCCUGGAGAGGGACCUGAAGACGGUGCAGGACAAGAUCGCCGAGACAGAGGCACUCCGGGAGCAACUCACAGACACACUCAAGCAAAAAGAGCAGGAAGCUCUCACCGCCACGACAGGUGUGGAGGACGAGGUCGGAGUCGCGUCUUCUCUGCAGAAGAAGAUCCGGGAAUUCACGAGGCUCGCAGAAGAUAUGGAGGACGACAUUGACGUGGAGAGGUCAGCUCGUGUCAAGGCGGAGCGGGCGCGCACGGAACUGCAGCGUCAGUUGGAGGACAUGACGGAGAAGCUGGACGAGUCGUCCGGUCUGUCGAACGCCCAGAUCGAGAAGAACAAGCGGCGAGAACAGGAACUCGCACGGGUACGCCGAGACCUGGAGGACACCUUGGCAGCCCAGGAGGCGGAGGCUUCCGGCCUGCGGAAAAAGCACGCGGACCUGCUGGCCGAGAUGACCGAGACUCUGGACCAUCUCGCCAAGGGGAAGACCAAAGUGGAGAAGGACAGGAACAGGCUCAGGCUGGAGAUCGAGGACCUCAACGUCGCCUUCGACGCCAUUUCCAAGCAAAAGGUCCAGUUGGAGAAGCUGAACAAGCAGCUGGAGCUGGCGUACAUCGAGACGACCGUGAAGAUCGAGGAGCACUCUCACGCCAUCUCCGAGCUGAACUCCGCCAAGAACCGGCUCACUGCCGAGAACGCCGAGCUGGUCAGGCAACUGGAGGAGUCAGACUCCAACAAGGGCGGCCUGAACCGACAGGUUACCGCCUUAACCUCGCAGGUAGAGGAGGUAAAGCGCGCCUUGGAUGAGGAACUCGCAGCUAAAGGCCUGGCCUUUGCCCAGAUGCGGGCUGCCCAGGCGGAGCUGGCCUCUCUGCAGGAACAGCUGGAGGAGGAACAGGAGACCCGCGGGGAGCUGCAGCGGCAGCUGGCCAAGGCCAACAGCGAGCUGUCCAACAUCAAGGCCAAGUACGAGACGGACGCCACGCAGCGCAUGGAAGAGUUGGAGGAGGUUCGGCGUAAGCUGACCAUCGCCCUAGCUGAGGCUGAGGAGCAGGUGGAGUCUGCCACGGCCAAAUGUAGCAGCCUGGAGAAGACCCGCAACAGGCUGGCGGCGGAGGUGGAGGACCUUCAGGUUGACGUGGAGAAGGCACACUCGCUGUGCCAGCAGCUGGAGAAGAAGCAGUUCCUGUACGACCGGCAGCUGGAGGAGUGGCGCGCCAAGUGUGACGUCGCCUCCGUCGAGCUGGACAAGUCUCAGAAGGAGAGCCGAGAGACGCAGUCCGAGAUUCUCAAGGUCAAGGGCGUCCUGGAGGAGGCCCAAGACGCGCUGGAGCAUCAGAAGAAGGAGAACAGGUUCCAGCAAGCUGAGAUCCACGACCUGCAGGAUCAGCUGAGCGGAAACGCGAAGGUUAUAGCAGAGCUGGAGAAGGGCAAGCGCCGCCUGGAGGUUGAGAUUGAGGAGCUUCACGGUUCCCUGGAGGAGACAGAAAACGCGCUGGAGCUGGAGCAGGGGAAGGUGAUCCGGGUGCAGAUGGAGCUCGCACAGCUCAAGUCCGACAUCGACAGGAGGCUGGCCGAGAAGGACGAGGAGUUCGAGAGCACGCUCAAGCUUCACCAGCGCGCCCUUGACACCAUGAACCAGAGCAUAGAUCUGGAGUCUAAGGCCCGUCUGGAGGCUGAGCGGGUCAACACCAGCCUGGCGCAGCAGCUCAGCGAGCUGGAGACCGCUCUGGAGACCGCCAACAAGGCCAACCAGGAGAGCCGCAAACUGCUGGGCUCACUGCACCAGAACAUGCAGGAGUUACAGAUCAAGCUAGACGAGGAGCAGCGCGUGCGUGAGGACCUGAAGGACCAGAUCGCCAUCAAGGAGCGGUACUGUAACUCCAUGGCCAGCGAGAUAGAGAGCCUCCGAGCACAGCUGGACGAAGUCGACCGCAUCCGCAAGAUCGCGGAGGUGCAGCUCGCUGAGGCGAACGACCGUCUGAAUGAGCUGACGACGCAGAACAGUGGUCUGGUGGCGCAGCGCCGUAAGCUGGAGGGAGACAUCCACACUGUCCAGUCGGAACUGGAGGAGCAAGUCAGCUCGCAACGUCAGGCAGAGGAGAAGGCCAAGAGAGCCAUCAGCGACGCGUCCCGUUUGGCAGAGGAUCUCCGUGCUGAGCAGGAGGCGGCCCAACACGCCCUGAAGGUCCAGGCUACCAUGGAGGCCAACCUGAAGGACCUGCAGCGCCGCAUCGAGGAGGCUGAGCAGGCUGCUAUCAAGGGCGGCCGCCGCGCUGUGCAGAAGCUCGAGACUAGGGUCCGUGAGCUGGAGCUGGACAUCGAAGCUGCGCAGAAGAAGCACCAGGAGGACCUGAAGGGCCUGCGCAAGAACGACCGUCGUCUUAAAGAACUCACCUUCUCGUCUGAGGAGGACCGUAAGAACCAGGACCGUCUGCAGGAGCUGAUUGAGAAGCUGCAGGCGAAGAUCCGCGCUCUCAAACGCCAAGUGGAGGAGACGGAGGCCAGCGCUAGCCAGAGCCAGUCCAAGUUCCGGCACUGCCAGCACGAGCUAGACGACGCCCUGGAGCGGCUGGAGAUCGCGGAGAGCGCGCUGGUCAAGCUGCGCCACAAGACCGAGGUGGUCACCACCGUCACCCGCGGCCCGGGGGGCUCGGUCGUUCGCAGGACCACCCGCAGGGAGACAUCCGACUAACUGCACAGGU